AUGACGAAAACAAAAUCCAAAAAACAAGCUUUAAUUGGGAACUUUUUCAAAAGAAAAUACGAAGAAAUUAACGAUAAUGACUCAAGUCCAAAUGUUGGUAAUGAUAUCCAAGCAAAUGAUGACGUUGAUGCAAGUCCGAAUGUUGAUAAUGAGAAUAUCCAAGCAAAUGAUGACGUUGAUGCAAGUCCGAAUGUUGAUAAUGAUAAUCCUACAACUUCAAUUCCAACAACACGAGGUAUUAUUGAUUUGAAUGAUCUUCCUUCGGAUCCACAUGAUAGGCCACCUAUUACUAGUUAUCACCCAAAUCAAAUAGAUGACAUAAGAAGUUGGUUAGAGUAUAGUAUCAAAGCAGACAAAGUAUAUUGUUUAUAUUGUUACUUGUUUAAAGAAGAUGUUGGUAAUCAAGGCGGAAGAGAUACAUGGUCUUCUAGUUCUAAAGGCUUUUGUGAUUGGAGUAAAAAGGGGUCAUUAAAGGAACAUGUCGGGAAUGUUGAUAGUCAUCAUUUAAAGGCGGCACAAAAAUGUCAUAAUCUCAUGAAUCAAAAGAAACAUAUGGAUGAGAAUAUGAAGAAGUUGACUAAAGAAGAAAUGAUUGCAAACUAUUAUCGAUUACUUGGUUCCGUUAUGAGUGCUAGAUUUUGUUUAGAAAACUUUUUACCCUUCCGUGGCCAUGAUGAGUCGGAAGAAUCUAAUUCUCAAGGUAUGUUUCUUUCGGUGUUAAACUUGAUUAGUACUAACCACCCGGAAAUUGGAAAGUACACAUUAGGGAACGCAAAAAAGAACAAUAAACUGACAUCGCCAAAGUUUCAAAAGGAGAUUAUUGAAUGCUUUUCAAAAGAAGUAACAAAAAGCAUUUGUGCAGAAAUUAAAGAUGAUGUGUUUGGGUUGUUGGUAGAUGAAUCUAGUGAUGUUUCUUUAAAGGAGCAAAUGGCUGUAGUUGUUAGAUUUGUUGAUAAACUUGGGGCUGUUAGAGAGAGUUUAAUCGGAAUUGUUCAUGUGAAAGACACGACUUCUAUAACUCUUAAAGAAGCCAUUGAUGAUUUAUUAGCAAGCAACCAGUUAAGCGCAAAACCUCACUUGCAAACCCUGAAACUUCCAAGAACACGUGUAAAUUAA